CUGGGCGCGAGAUCGCUCUGCAUCCCCGGUGAUAAGCUGCACGGGGUUCAGUCUUGAUAUCAGUCCAGAGCAAAACCGUCUCGGAUCCAUUGGCCCAUCUGGCUCCAGUUCGAUAACCCCGGAUAACCAAGUGCUAUACCGGGAAGGUGAUUCACGCACACUCGAUACGUGACAUAAUCGCCCGUCGGAUCUCCCUAUCGUCAAUCCCUCCUAUCGUUCCCCCAUAUCAACAUCCUGGGGGCGCCGCCAUGGCCACGGUCAUCACUAUUCAACCGACCUCAGCCGGCCCUGCUGCUGGCCCGGUGGACACUUCGCCCACCUCUCUUCAGCAGAGCCGUGAUCUCUUCCGACAUCGUGCCCAGCAGAUGAGUUCGGCCUCGUCCUCAGCCUCCGAUUCCGCCUCUACCAUUACCGCCUUGACGUCCCUCAGCAGCAUCUCUCGCGGUCCGAGUCGGGAUGGGGCCAGUUGUGACGCCUGUCUUCGAAGAAAGAGCCGAUGCGCCAUGAACGAAAUGGUCAACAAAUGCUACUCAUGCGAGUUCCACCGUCAGGACUGCACCUUCACCUUGUCCAGCAGCAGCAUCACCAGCAGUACCGCCGCCGGAGAAGCCCAAUCGAGAAAGAGGAAGCUGGACGAGACGACUGCGAUCGACCAGGAAUCAACCAAGAGAUCAUCAAAGGACCGCCCGACAUCUAGCGCCGAGAUGCCACGACCACAUUCGAGUGCAGCCUCCUUAGCGUCCCCGAGGCCAUCCUAUCAGUCGAACCAACAUAUCGGUAUGACCACGGAACUCGAGCCUGCUCUCUUGGAGCAUCUUCCCCUGGACCAGAACGAUGAGACGCUGCUGGCCACCUCGCGGGUGCGGAAGUUCGCUGAAGAUGGCGUCUUUAUGCGCCUGCUUGAUGUCCCGCCGUCAGCUGUCUCUCUUUCAGUCUCUGUCGACACGGUCGAGAACAUGGUUGCUCCGUAUGGGCCGACGUUGGUGGAGAAGUACUUCCAGCGCGUACAUCCUACGUUUCCCAUCCUGAUCGAGGACGCCUUCCGCCAAGCAUAUAGGUCCAGAAGGGGCCUCUCCCCUCUCCUGCUGGCUGCAGUCUAUGUGAUCGCGUUGAAGUUUGUGGAUCUGGGGUCAGGUUCACAGCCGGCACGACGACCGGACGCCAAUCGUCUCGAAAGCACCGCGAUGAAACUACUCAACGAAGCCCUCCCCCGUGCGAACACUGCCACCAUGCAAGCCGGUCUACUCCUGAUGCAGAGGUCGAAUCUUAAUACUUCUUCGCUGAACGCUCAGCUGGUAAAUGCGGCGUUCGAGCUUGGUCUACACCAGGAUUGCUCCAACUGGAAGAUGGAAGAGAGGGAGAAGGGGCUGAGGAAGCGACUAGCCUGGGCUCUGUACCUGCAGGAUAAGUGGUCAUCCUUGGUUCACGGCCGGCCAUCCCACAUCUUCUCCGCAAACUGGACGGUUAAGGAUCUGACGGAGCAGGACUUCUUGGACGCCUUUCCGGCAGUGAAGCGGGAAGACGGGUCUGCUGUUGGUCACGGUCCUCUCCUCUUCUGCCAGUUCGUGGUACUCACCUCUAUCCUCUCCGAUAUCCUCGAUAGCUUCUACACUCUCAGAGCCACCGAGAUCUUUAACGCCUCGGGCAUCAACCAGACACGGAUUAUUCUGGAGAGGGCUAAGCCGGUGCAAAUCCGUCUGAAGGAGUGGUUCUCGCGUCUUCCCUCGCCGCUGAAAAUGGACUCGAGCCUUGGUCUCACUGACACCAUUUCCGAAGAAGCAGCCUGUAAUGGCGCAUUGCAUCUGGCGUACUUUGCCACGGAGAUCACACUGCAUCGUUGCAUCGUGCGCUCUCUGAAGCCAGAGACUGCCGAUCCAUAUCUUUCACACAUCUGCCGUUCCGCCGCGAAGACACGACUCAUCUCCGCGAUGGAUUUUGUCAACCGUCUUCGACCGGCACACUUCAAAUCGUUUUGGCCUGCGGCUUCUCGAACCAACUUCGCCCUCAUCGGAUCUUUUGGCGUUCUCCUCGAGGUCACCGCUCCCACGAAGGAGGAAGCGGAAUUUUACAGCACCAGACUUGCCGAAUACCGCUGGACAUUGAGUGUUAGCAGCAAGAAUGCAGGGUUCCUGCACUUUGCCGUGGAGAGCCUCGAUGUCGCACGGGGCUUAGUCAAGAACGUCCCUGAGAAGCCCGGUAUUGAGGAGCUGAUGGCCAACUCCGCCAAGACGGCCAUCCAACACCGUAAUUCCCAGCGUGAUGGGACUAUGUCCGAUGCACAGGCUGCUCUCGACGGGGAUCGUGGGGGCUCCGCAUCCGUCGUUUCGGGCCUAGCAUCUCCAGCAACCUCUGUAUCGGACGAGGACGAUAUGCAUGAUUCGUACGUAUGAGGUCGCUUUACGAACUGCAUGUCCGUUUAUGUUUUUUUUUUUUCCUUUUUUUUAUGAGCAUCCGGGUUGUUCCAUGAGUUCACACGAUAUGAUACCUCUUCUUUUGUCGUUAUU